ACCCAUCACUUACCUUUACCUUUUUCUCAACCCCCCCAAAACCCACCCCAUCUCCGCCACAAAAAUACACAGUAAAAAAACCACAUCCAAAAUCCCAAUCUCCGGCGGCGGCGAAAAUGUCGGCCACCAGCAUCCACAUCUCGGCCCUGGACGGCAUCGUGAACGUCAACUCCCUCUUCACCCUGGCCGUCUUCAUCGGGCUGGCCUGGAACCCGACCGACCCGAGCAACAGCCUCGUCGACCCGGCCGCGGGCUGCCCCGCCAGCCCGCGGGUCGCCGAGGACCUCGUGGCCUUCCACGUCUACUCCUUCAGCUGCUUCCUCUUCUCCAGCCUCGUCGCGCUCGGCCUCAAGCAGGCCACCCGCCUCGUCCGCCCCGGGCCCCACCACCACGAGCACCGACAUUUCUGGGACCUCGAUCUCGCCCGGGUCAACAAGACCGCGCUCCGGGUCGGGUACGCCGUGUCCGCGGUCGGGUCGGUAGCCGGGUCGGUCUUCCUCAUGCUGGCGCUGGUCAACGUGGUGCAGAUCAAGCUCGGGCUGCUCGGAUGCGGCGGCGGGCACGCCUAUGCGGCGGUGGUGCCGCUCGUGACGUUUGUGCCGGCGGGGCUGCUGAUCUAUGUCGGUUUCGUGUUCUAUGCUUUUACGCGUUGAGAUUUUUUUUUGUCGUUUUUUUUUGGUAAUGGAAUAACUCCUUAUUGUUACAUACCACGAAUUGUAAUGAAAAUUGAGUUGAAAAAUUAGUCCAUUUUGUGUUUUA